AUGUCAGUAACUCUGCACACGAAUCUCGGGGACAUAAAGUGCGAGAUCUUCUGUGACGAGGUUCCCAAAAGUGCUGAGAACUUUUUGGCUUUAUGUGCUAGUGGCUACUACGAUGGGACUAUAUUUCAUAGGAAUAUCAAAGGGUUCAUGAUUCAAGGAGGAGACCCUAGUGGAACCGGGAAAGGAGGAACUAGCAUCUGGGGAAAGAAAUUCAACGACGAGAUACGAGAAUCCCUUAAGCACAAUGCAAGAGGGAUGCUCGCAAUGGCAAACAGUGGCCCAAACACAAACGGAAGCCAGUUCUUCAUGACGUAUGCAAAACAACCACAUCUCAAUGGGUUAUACACCAUCUUUGGCAAAGUCAUCCAUGGCUUCGAAGUACUUGACAUUAUGGAGAAGACUCAAACAGGUCCCAGAGAUAGGCCGCUUGCUGAGAUAAGGCUAAACCGUGUGACGAUCCACGCCAAUCCACUUGCUGGUUAA